AUGACAAGAAAAUAUACAAAAUGCGACAAGAUUAUUUUUAAUAGACAGUUUUUGAAAUGUUCUCACUGUAAAAAAUUGAAUCAUCUAACUUGCACAAAUAUCUCAGAGAAAUUGUUUUAUUUAAUGAAACAGAAGAAAAGUCAUAAAUGGAACUGUGAAAAUUGUAAAAAUAAAUGUCAAAUUACAAAUAACCCAUCAACGUCAGCUGAAAUACAGGCAAGUAAUACAUCGACACCACAAGGCUUUGCUACACGCCGGAGUAAAAAUAAUGUAAACAUUACAAAUGCAAACUCUUUUGCAUCUCUCUACUCUGAGGUUUCGGAGGAUAAUGAUUUCUCUGUUUCCAAAACACCAAAUUUAAACAGAAGCUGGCCAGUAGAAGGUUUUGUUAUGAACGAGGUUUUGGAUGACCUCAAAAUAAAAAUAGCUUACUUAGAAAAUAAACUCCGAAUAGCCGAAACAGAAAUAGAAAAUUUAUUGUUGGUAAAUAGCUCUCUAAAAAGACAAAUUUUAAACUAUGAAAAAAAGACGAAACAACUGACACACAUAUGUCGAACAACGCCGGUAAGAAGUGCUAGUUUAAGAGGAUGCAAGAGCCUAAAUAAAAAUAAAUUUGAUUUCACAUGCUUAGAUCAAACAAAAGAUGAAUUUGUUACUCAACCACAUAAUGAAUCAGAUGAAAAUAAAUCAUCCAGCCCAAAAAAGAUACCGGAGAAUGUAAGAAAUGUGGAUAAUACUACUGAAUUGCCUGCACAGGAAAGAGAAGACUCCACUGACAAUACUAUAACAAAUGAGACGAAAAAAAAG